GUAUUCCUUUCAAGACGAAGAAGACAUGUUCAUGGUGGUUGAUCUCUUACUCGGAGGCGAUCUGCGUUACCAUUUGCAACAGAACGUCCACUUUAACGAAGGAACUGUUAAGCUGUACAUUUGUGAGCUGGCACUUUCCCUGGAUUAUUUGCAGAGAUACCACAUCAUUCACAGGGACAUCAAACCUGACAACAUACUACUGGAUGAGCAUGGACAUGUUCAUAUCACUGACUUCAACAUAGCAACCAUAGUGAAAGGUUCAGAAAAAGCUUCUUCUAUGGCUGGCACAAAACCCUAUAUGGCUCCGGAAGUGUUCCAGGCCUUUAUGGAUGGAGGUCCAGGAUACUCGUACCCUGUAGACUGGUGGUCGCUAGGAAUUACAGCAUACGAAUUACUGAGGGGUUGGAGACCCUAUGAAAUUCAUUCAGCCACCCCCAUUGAUGAGAUACUCAACAUGUUCAAGAUAGAAAGAGUUCACUACUCAUCUGCAUGGUGCAAGGGCAUGAUAGCACUACUGAAAAAGCUCCUCACUAAGGACCCAGAGUGCCGUCUGUCAAGCCUUGCAGACAUCCAAAGCUCUCCAUACCUAACUGAUGUCAACUGGGAUGCUGUUCUAGAGAAAACUGUGACCCCAGGCUUUGUUCCUAAUAAAGGAAGACUGAACUGUGAUCCUACAUUUGAACUUGAAGAAAUGAUUUUAGAGUCCAAACCUCUCCAUAAAAAGAAAAAGCGACUUGCCAAAAACAAAUCCAAAGAGGGAGCUAAGGAAACCUGCCCACUGAACAUACACCUGCAGCAGUGCUUGGAAACCGUUAGGAAAGAAUUCAUCAUAUUCAACAGAGAGAAGUAA